UUCGGCGCGCUGAAGCAAUUAGCCGCCAGUUCCCGAUGGUAUCAUAAAUGAUACAUAGCCAAAUAUGCGCACACAUUUUUAUUUCGCCGACGCACGCUGUAGUGGUGAGGUUAGGUUAGUGUAUUGUUUACAUUUGCAAGUGCACGUUGCAUCAUUAUGCCUUUUGACCAAAAUAAGAGGGCCUUAACCAGCUUCGAGCUAGAAGAAUUAGUUCUUAAUCUGGACCUAGACCAAUCAGAUAUCGGCGAUUUAUCGUCGGAGAGUGGGGAUGAAGGAGAUGUGGACUUGGAUUUGGUUAAUAUUAACCUUGAUCAUCAGGAUGGAUUAGAAAGUAUAGAGGAUAUGGAGAUCGCAGAAAAUAUGAGUGAUUCUUCGGAUGACGAGCCUCUUGCCCAUUAUUUACCAAGCUAUGAAAAAACUUGGUCCCGUGUCCGGGAAUUUGAACCAUUCCAGUUUAACUUUAAAAACGAGAACAUUUCCACUCAAUUAAAUCAACCAAGUAUGUACCUAAGAAAAUACAUUUCUGAUACUUUCUUUGAACAAAUGGCACUUUUCACAAAUAUGCGUGAGGUUAUUGAGACAGGUCGUUCCCUUGAAACUUCUGAAUAUGAAUUGUGAAAAUUCUUUGGAGCUUCCAUGUUGAUUGGAAUUUAUGGUCUACCGAGAAUAAGGAUGUACUGGGCGCGAAGUACAAGAGUACCCAUUGUUUCAGACACAAUUUUAAGAAAUCGGUACUUUAUAUUGCGAUCACGGGUAAAACUUGUAGAAGAUCAGAGGGUUACCAAUGAA